AUAACCGUUGCAAUGCUCCCUCAAAUCUCCCUCAUUAACGAGGAAGAGACCAGACUGCCGAUAGCAAGUGUGAGCAAAAUUCAGGACCUAAGGGCUAAAACAGCCUAAAUCCAGUCUUGUAGUAUACAUUAGCAACAAUGACUGUUGAAGUUAAUGCUGAAGAAACCCGGAUGACCGAGGUUAUUGCUGUUGUUCCUACUCAAGAAGAGACCGAGAAAGCUGUUGAAGGAGACGAAAAAGUGAAAGAUGGGGAUGAAUCUAAGCCCAAAAAAGUUGAGAAGUGCUCUUCUUAUAGGGAAGAGAGCAACUUUCUCUCCGAUCUUAAGGAGUUUGAGAAGAAGGCACUGAAUGAGCUGAAAGCGAAACUCGAGGAAUCCAUCCUCGGCGACAAUCUGUACAAGAAAGAGGGCCCGAAAAAGACACAUGAAAAAUCGGUAUCAGACGAGAAAGAUGCCAAAGGAGGCGACGAAAGCGAGAAAGCUGGGAAAGAAGAGGCCCAAAAUGAGGAGGAAAGGAAAGAAGAUGGCGUGGAUGAAAAGGAAAACACAGCACAAGAAUGCGAGGAGGAGAAACCCGAUGCAGGUACUGAAGAAUGCGAGGAGGAGAAGAAACCCGACACAAGUAAUGAAGAAAAAGGCUUUCAAACUGACACGGAAAUCUCCCUAUGGGGAGUGCCCCUUUUGCCUAGUAAAGGCGCCGAGGCUACUGAUGUAGUCCUACUAAAGUUCUUGAGGGCUAGGGAGUUCAAGGUGAAUGAUGCUUUUGAGAUGCUCAAGAAGACACUUCAAUGGAGGAAGGAGGCCCGGAUCGAUUCGAUCUUGGACGAGGACUUGUGCGCGGAUCUAAGCACGGCGGCUUACAUGAAUGGUGUAGAUCGCGAGGGUCACCCAGUUUGCUACAACAUUUUCGGGGUGUUCGAUAGCGAGGAGCUUUAUCAGAAGACGUUUGGAAGCGAGGAGAAGCGCUCGCAGUUCCUGAGAUGGAGGUGCCAGCUGAUGGAGAAGGGUAUUCAGAAGCUGGAUUUGAAGCCCGGAGGUGCUUCUUCGUUGCUCCAAAUCAACGAUCUAAAGAAGUCCCCCGGACCCGCCAAGAAGGAGCUUCGGAUUUCCACAAAGCAAGCGAUUGGGAUUCUACAAGACAAUUACCCAGAACUCGUAGCAAAAAACAUCUUCAUAAAUGUUCCAUUCUGGUACUAUGCUCUCAACGCCCUAAUAUCUCCUUUCUUGACCCAAAGAACCAAGAGCAAAUUCGUUGUUGCUCGUCCGGGAAAGGUCACAGAAACCCUGCUCAAGUACAUUCCGAUGGAGGAGAUUCCUGAAAACUACGGCGGCUUCAAGAAGGAGAACGAUUUUGAGUUCUCCGGCAAAGACGGCGGCGUGGCUUCAGAACUCAUAAUGAAGGCUGGAUCAACUGAAACCAUUGAGUUACCCGCAUUGGAGGUUGGAAGCACAUUGGUCUGGGAUUUGAGUAUUUUGGGCUGGGAAGUGAAUUACAAGGAGGAAUUCGUUCCGAUCGAUGAGGGUUCUUACACUAUCAUUGUGCAGAAGGCCAAGAAGAUGAGCUCUCAGGAAGGACCUAUUCGCAACAGUUUCAGAACCAAUGAACCUGGGAAAGUUGUCCUCACGAUCGAGAACACUUCGAGCAAGAAGAAGAGGGUUCUGCACCGGUACAAAGUCAACAAAAGCUACUAAUUUGUCUUGGAUUCAUGUGUAGGGCAGAGGAGAGAUGAAAAAAAAGUGGGAUAGAAAUUUAUUAUUUUGAUUCGUUCAUUGUGUUACAUUCUUUUGCAGAAGUAAAAUAUAAAUAAUGUAAUUUGAUUUGUUGCUCCGUUUGGAUCCUUUGCCGUGGGGUUUUCUUGUGCAGACUCGUGAGAUCACGUGAUUGUAUUUUUCUAUGUUUUGAAGAAAUUAAUUGAGAUGAUGUUUUUCU